AGGUGUUUGCUGUUGGUAUCUGGCCGGGAGAUCUGGCUGGGAGAUUCGGGAGCAACAUGAGUCCUACCCUGGCGGUUCCCACCCCAUACGGCUGUAUUGGUUGUAAGCUGCCACAGCCAGACUACCCACCGGCUGUAAUUAACUUUAUGUUCUGCUCCAUGGUUAUCAUCAUCGUCAUAGACCUGAUCGGCAACUCAAUGGUCAUUUUGGCUGUGACGAAAAACAAGAAGCUCCGAAAUUCUGGCAACAUCUUUGUGGUUAGCCUCUCUGUGGCUGAUAUGCUGGUGGCCAUCUACCCCUACCCUCUGAUGCUGCAUGCCAUGGCCAUUGGGGGCUGGGAUCUGAGCCAGUUCCAGUGCCAGAUGGUUGGAUUCAUCACAGGGCUGAGUGUGGUCGGCUCUAUCUUCAAUAUUGUGGCAAUUGCCAUCAACCGUUACUGCUACAUCUGUCACAGCCUCCAGUACGAGCGGAUAUUCAGUGUGCGUAAUACCUGUAUUUACCUGGUUGUUACCUGGAUCAUGACUGUCCUGGCUGUCCUGCCCAACACGUACAUUGGCACCAUUGAGUAUGAUCCUCGCACCUACGCCUGCAUCUUCAACUAUCUGAACAACCCGGUCUUUGCUGUGACCAUCGUCUGCAUCCACUUUGUCCUCCCUCUGCUCAUAGUGGGUUUCUGCUACGUGAGGAUCUGGACCAAAGUGCUGGCCGCCCGUCACCUGGCUGGGCAGAAUCCUGAAAACCAGCUUGCUGAGGUUCGCAAUUUUCUAACCAUGUUUGUCAUCUUCCUCCUCUUUGCAGUGUGCUGGUGCCCUAUCAACGUGCUCACUGUCUUGGUGGCUGUCAGUCCGAAGGAGAUGGCAGGCAAGAUCCCCAACUGGCUUUAUCUUGCAGCUUACUUCAUAGCCUACUUCAACAGCUGCCUCAACGCUGUGAUCUAUGGGCUCCUCAAUGAGAAUUUCCGAAGAGAAUACUGGACCAUCUUCCAUGCUAUGCGGCACCCUAUCCAGUUCAUCUCUGUCCUCAUCACUGAUGUUCGUGAGACUCGGGAAGCCCGUGCCCUGGUCCGUGCCCAUGCCUGCACCCGUGACCAACCCCAAGAACAAGCCCAUGAACAAGACCGUGCCCGUGCCUGUCCUGCUGUGGAGGAAAUUCCAAUGAAUGUCCGGAACGUUCCACUACCUGGUGAUGCUGCAGCUGGCCAACCUGAGCGUGCAUCUGACCACCAUAAGUCGUCCUCUGGCCACUCCAGGUCUGCCUCUGCCCACCGCAAAUCUCUCUCUGGCCACCAUAAGUCUGUCUUUAGCCACUCUAAGCCUGCCUCUGGCCACUCCAAGUCUACCUCUGGUCACCCCAAGUCUGCCACUGUCUAUCCUAAGCCUGCUUCUGUCUACUUCAAGGCUGACUCUGUCCAUUUCAAGCCCUCCUCUGCCCAUUCCAAGGCUCACUCUGUCCAUUUCCAGUCUGCCUCCGACCACCCUAAUCCUGUCACUGGCCACCACAUCCCUGCUGGCAGCCACUCCAAGAUUGCCUUCAGCCCUGCCACCAGCUGCCCUAAACCCACCACUGGCCAUAUCAACCCUGCUACCAGCCACCCUGAGCUCAGCACUGCUGACUAUCCUGAGCCUGCUGUCGCCAGCCACCCCGAGCCUGCCAUCACUGGCCACCCUGAGCCUGCUGCUGCUGGCCACCCUGAGCUUACUGCCUCCUGCCACUCUGAGACCACUACUACUGGCCACCUUGAGUGUGACAUCACUGACCUCUCUGAGCCUGCCUCCAGCUCUGCCACUUGGUCCCCUGAGCCUGCCACCAGCCUGCUAGAGCUUUCUGCCACCACUGACCUUCUUGACCCCACUGUGGUCACCACUGCUACCAAUGAUUACCGUGAGGCUGUGCUUGUUGAUGCUGAAGCUGAUUCUGAUGAAAUGGCUCUGUGAAAGAUGCUCUCAGGGGUGGCCAAGCAGUGGUCCACUUUCAAGUUUGUCUAACAUAUGUAAUCCGAAGUGAGAUACCUUACUGCACCUACACACAGACAGACACACGCAGAUAUUGACUCACAGACACGGUGUAAGCUACACCCACCUUUCAUAC